AUGAACGACUUGCCGGGGGCCCUGCCCAGCAGCGAGCGGUCGAGCAAAGUUGCGCUGUAUGCGAUUCUAAUUUACAGGCACGAUGCGUCGAAGCCUGUGUUCCUCUCGGCAGCAGUGGACCUGUCGUCCUUCCCCUUCUUCCACCGCUCCUCCCUGAAGGAGCACGUAUUCUUCCACUCCCGAUUGGUAUGCAGCAGGACCCCCAAGGGAAACAGAGAAGUGAUCGAAUUAGAGUCGGGGAUAGGCCACCUGCACGUUUACACCAAUAAGGAAACGAAUGUCAGCGUGCUGGUGCUGUCGACCAAAACAUACCCCCUGCGAAUAGCUUUCGGGCUAAUUGACGCUACGCAGAGACUCUUUCAGCAAAAGUGCAGGGGGAAGUAUGAACAUGUGGUGGAGGACCUGAUGGAGGGGGCUCUAUUCACAACCGAGUUGCAAGAGCUUCUGAAGAAAUACCAAAACCCAUCUGAGGCGGACAAGCUCUCCAGGGUACAGAAGGAUCUAGAUGAGGUAAAAGACGUGAUGCUAAAAAACAUUGACGAUUUGUUACAGCGGGGGGAGAAGCUAGAUGACCUCAUGAAGAAGAGCCAGGAUUUGUCUAACUCUUCCUACCAGUUUUACAGGUGCGUCCCGUCCGACGCUAGGGGGUUAGCGGGCUAG